GGGCAGGCGCGAGACUAUAUUCAGUUGGUCACAGGGAACCCAGCCGCAUCCACUAAGCAGAAGUCGUCUGCUGUUGUUGCUGCUGCCGCUGCUGCUGCGCUUCCUCCUCCCGCUUCUGCUAGCGUCGGUGAAGCUCUCACUACUCCUUGAUUUAAUCAAGUCAUAAGUUAUCACCUCUGCCUAAUACUUGAUUCUAUACCAAAGGAGUAGCAUACGCCCCAAGUGACCGAAGGCUAACGCAGGGAUCAAUAAGAAAGCAAACAUGUGGCUUCAGCGCUCUUUGAUUCUGGCCGUGGGGCUGGCGAUAGUGACAGCAAAUCCAGUGCCACAGGUGGGACAAUCCCAUGAUGUACGCGUGACAACAAGGAAUAACACCCAAGAGCCAACAGUGCAAUCUGGAUCUACCAAGCCAGUUGAGCAACCUGCAGUGGAGGACAACACUAAAACAGAGGAGAAGACUGAGCUUUAUCCCGAAGCAGUUAAGGGAGAGGUGUCCACCCAAGAAGAAAAUGCACCUGGGGAUGUCAUUGAGGCUUCCACUGCUGAGGAACAAAAUGGAAACAAACCCUCAAAAAAUACUACCGUUACAGAUAACACUUCAGUUCCACAGGAAGCAGUCAAGAAGAAUGAACAAACUGAAGAGCAAACAGAACUGUACCCUGAAGCAUCUGUAGCAGUAAACAACAAUAAUGAACAGACUGAAGACCAAACUGAAACAUCCAAUGCUGAUUUGCUUCAAGAAGCAUCAGAAGCCAUUGAAGUAAUUUCAAAUAAGAAUGAAAGCAAUGAGCAGAAUUCAGAAGUUUCACUUGUUGAGGCAGUGCACGAAGAGGUCACUGAAAAAAGUGAAAGCCAAACAGAUGCCCCUGUAGAAGCUACUCAAGCUGAAACUGAAACACCAGAGCAAAAUGGAAAUAUUGAAGCUCAAGACGUAGGAACUGAUGCUAAAGUAGAGCCAAAUGAAUCUGAAACUCAAGAUGAAGUAAAGCCAAGUGAAAAUGUAGAAGUAACUCCAAACCAACUGGAAAACUCAAAGCUCCAAACAAAAUUUAGUGGAUUUCAAUCAGUAGAAACAGAAAAUAAAGACAAUGAACCAGAACCAACUAACACCGAAGUAAGUGAAAAGGUGACAGGAAAUCCUCAUAAACAAAUUGUUACAAUAACUAAACCAGAAGAACCUUCAACAAAUGCACCAGUUGAGUUUGCUGAAGCCAGCACUGAUUUACCAGUUGAAGCUGCUAAUGCUAGCACUGAUGCUCCAGUUGAGGCUGCAGAAGCUAGCACUGAUGCUCCAGUUGAGGCUGCAGAAGCCAGCACUGAUGCUCCAGUGGAGGCUGCAGAAGCUAGCACUGAUGCUCCAAUUGAAGCUGCAGAAGCUAGCACUGAUGCUCCAGUUGAGGCUGCAGAAGCUAGCACCGAUGCUCCAGUGGAGGCUGCAGAAGCUAGCACUGAUGCUCCUGUUGAGGCUGCAGAAGCCAGCACCGAUGCUCCAGUGGAGGCUGCAGAAGCCAGCACUGAUGCUCCAGUGGAGGCUGCUGUAGCUAGCACCGAUGCUCCAGUUGAGGCUGCUGAAGCUAACACCGAUGUUCCAGUUGAAGCUGCUGAAGCUAGUAGCACUGAUGCUCCAGAUGACUGGAAGGCUUCUGAAUCUCAAACUGUUCUUGCUUUAAAAGCUGCCGAGUCAAACACUGAAGUAAAUACUGAAGCAGCUGAGUCUCACACUACUGGAAAUGUUGAAGCCUCUGAAUCUGAAACAAUUGAAGACACUGAACCUGCUGAAUCACAAACUGAAGCACUUACUGAAGCAGCAGAUUCUCAGACAUCUGAUCCUCAGUUAAGAUCUGAUAUCUCAACUGAAGCUCCUACAGAAGCUGCUGAAGAAGCUGAUACUCCAAGUAACAUAGAGGUUUCCGAGUCUGAGACUGUUCUUCCUUUAGAAAGGGAUGUCCAAACUGAGGAGCCAAAAGUAGAGGCUAUUCAAGAGCAAACAGACGCUGUAACCGAAGUUAAUGAAGAACCUGAGGCAUCAGUAAGCCACACAGAAGCAAAUGUAGAAGAAGAGGUAUCUGCAACAGAGUCCGGCACUGAAGCUGCUGAAUCUGUGACUGUAGAGGCAGCAGUAGCUGAAACCACUGCCCCCACAGCAGAGGGCCUUGCAGAUCAGAUUAAGAGUGAGGUAUCACCCGUGAAACAAGAAACAGCAGGUACUAUAACUGUUACUAUUAAUGGCAAGGAUGGACAAAUUUUGGAAGCACAAGAGGAGGACGUAACAAAGGAAUCUCCAGUAACUGAGGCUGCAAAUGUUGCAUCGGAGGAAUACUGGCUCAUGAUGAACAAUGCUGCAAAAGAAAAACAGGGAGAAAAACAAAAUACUACUACAAAUCAGAAGCAGGAAGAUACAAAAAACACUGCUGAGAACCAAAAUCAAGGAGACACAAACAACAACAAUGCUGUGACUCAAAAGAAUGAGAAAGAACAAGCUACAGAGGAAGAAUCUGAGGAUCAAGUUGAGAAAGAGUUCCAGAAAGUGGCUGAAAAAUAUGGUCUGAGAACUCCAGUCAGAGAAACAAGACCAGCUCUCCAAGAAAAUGUUCAACCCAACCCCAAGACCAAUGAAAAACCUGUAAAUGAGAGAUUUCAGGUUAAUGAGCUGAGAAGGAAGCGAGGAUUUGUUGACAGCGUUACCAGUUAUGUGGCCAGUUUAUUUUAACAGUUAACAUGAUUUCAGCAAAACAGAACCAAUACACUUCAUGUAAAAUAAUCUGAUAUAUCAACAAACUUGAUACACAUACCUGUCUCCAUCCAGAAGGUUGUGGAAUACAUUGCUCCCACUAGUAUUAUUGCAUAGAGUUAAAGUUUUGAGAGAGAGAAAAAAAAGACCUAACAAAAAAUCCACAACACAAAUUUACUUUGAAAUAAUUGUCCCAAUGUUUGUAAAAGAUCUUAAUAUCAAGAAUAACAAUGCAACAGAAAGCCAAUUGAAACUCUCCUUCAAAGGAAAAUAAAUUUAAGAAAAUGUUCUAAGUUCUGAAGCACUCUGUGAAGCUGGCAAGCUGGCAAGGGCAUUGAAGUGCUCAGAGAAUCAUCUCCCACCCAUACUGUACUUACUUUUAGUAAACUAUUCUCUUAAUUUAUAACGGAUUCCUUUGGGCAAAGAAAACAAAAAGCAUCACAGUUAGAUAUGACUUCCUUGAGAGAAAAAAUCCUGCCUUCUCCCGAACAAAAUGGAUGAGAGUUGGUAAUUUGAGGGAUUAUCUAAGGAAGCCACAUUUCAUUUGUACUUUCCAUUUUAUGUAAUAUUUACAAGUAGCCUUGAACAAAUAGUAGUUGUUAGAAGUUAGAAUUACUGGUGUUCCCACGAAAAGGGCACGCUCUUACUUUCAUUUCAAUUUAUUUAUUUUAUUCAUCUUUCCAUUUCCCUCUCAAGAUAAGACCUUGCACAAAAGAAAGAGCCAUUUAGAAUCGCACUGGUAACUUGAAAAAGAAUACACUUAAGUUAAUCUCACCAUAUGAACAACAUGAACCUGAAAAUCUUUUCAAAAGCAGAAAGUAAUUUAGAUCACUUUUGGUAGACAUUUUCCAACUAAAGCAUUGUUCUUAAUGGCUCUUACUUCCCUGUGCAACUUGUAGAUUUAAGGUAAUGCUAUUUAAGGAUUCCAAGAUGCUAGUUGAGCAUAUUGUCUAUCUUCCCGCCCUUUCUGAUGCUACAAAAUGUUAUUAUAAUGAAAAUAAUUUUCUGCUGGUUAAGGGCGUCAUUUUCCCUCUGAAUGACUGUUUUUUGUAUGAGUGCCAAGAAAAAAAUUAAAUUAUUUAUUAAC